AUGUUGGCAAUUGGAGGAUCGCUAAUCGACAAGCAACUUGUGAACCCUGCUGUGAGAGAGUGGCUUAACGAGCUCAAGCAUGCUGUCUUUGAUGCAGAGGACUUACUGGAUGAGAUCAACAUUAAAGCUUUGCGAUGCAAACUAGAAGAAAACUUUGUACAACAGAAAAUUGCUCUUGGUCUGGGAGAAGUUGCUAGGAGAAAGGUUUCACAUAGAACUCCAACAACUUCCUUGGUUCAUGAACCUUGUGUAUAUGGUAGAGAUGAAGUCCAAGAAAAUUUAUCAAAAGUGUUGCUAUCUGAUGAUGCAAGCAAGGAUGAUGCGUAUGUCCUCACAAUUGUUGGAAUGGGUGGGGUUGGCAAGACAACCCUUGCUCGAAUGCUUUACAACAACUAUAAGGUGAAAGGGCAUUUUACGCUUCAAGCUUGGGCUUGUGUUUCAGAAGACUAUAAUGCUGUUAGAAUAACUAAAAUUAUUCUUGAGUUAGUCACUUCAAAGCCUUGUAAUACGACAGAUAUGAAUUUGCUUCAAGUUGAAUUAAGAGAACAGUUGAGGGGAAAUAAAUUUUUAUUUGUGUUGGAUGAUCUAUGGAAUGAAAAUUAUGGUGAUUGGGAGCGCCUCCAAACUCAUUUUAAUUCAGGGGCAAGGGGAAGCAAAGUCAUUGUAACAGCAAGGAACAAAAAUGUGGCAUCUUUAAUGAAAAAUGUUCCCAUGCAAAGCUUGGAACCAUUGUCACAUCAAGACUGCUGGUUGUUACUUGCUAAACAUGCUUUUGGAAAUGAAAACUAUAGUGCAAAUUCAAACUUGGAAGACAUUGGCAAGCAAAUUGCUCUCAAGUGCAAAGGGUUGCCUUUAGCGGCACAAACACUUGGGGGUUUGUUACGUUGCAAUAUAGAUUCUGAGGAGUGGAAUAGAAUACUAAAUAGUAAUAUUUGGUACCUACCGUAUGGUACAAUUGACAUUCUUCCGGCUCUAUGGUUGAGUUAUUACUAUCUCCCUGCUCAAUUAAAACGAUGCUUUGUUUAUUGUUCAAUUUUUCCAAAGGAUUAUGAGUUUGAAAAGGAAGAUGUAGUUCAAUUAUGGAUGGCAGAAGGCUUAGUUACACAAGUUGAUAAUGGGAAGAUUAUGGAAUCAGUGGCUAGAAAAUACUUCGAUGAGCUAUUAUCCCGGUCGCUGUUUCAAAAGUCAAGAGAAUUCGGUUUCACAAUGCAUGACCUCAUUCAUGACUUGGCUAUGUUCAUCUCUAGGGGGUUUUGCCUUAGACUAGAAGGUGUGGAAUCAAGUGAAGUUAAAAGAGCUCGUCAUUUGUCAUAUGCUAGGGGAGAAUUUGAUGUUGCUCAAAAAUUUGAGCCAUUAUAUGGGGCUUGUUUACACGCCUUCUCCCUUGCCGAAGGAAGACACUCUUCCGAGGUGCCAAACACCUGCCGAAACUCCUGA